AUGGAGGCAAGGCCUUUGGAGCCCCGCGUGCUGAAUGGCUGCGGGAUGCGCGUUCUGGGUUUUGUACCCCUUGGGGGCUUGGCAACGAAGGCCUUGAAGGUGAAGACUCCGAAAGCUUCGAAAGUGCAGGAAUCCAAGGAAAUUGAAAAGCCUCGACUGGUGAAGGGGCCGUCCUCCUUCAAGAAGGGCCGGGCAGUCUACGAGCAUGGGAACUACAGCAGUUACUACGGCUAUCGCCACUCGGAGCCCGACAGUUCCGGGGAUCGGCGCCUUACUGCCCUGACCGAGCGCUUCGGCAAAGGAUUCUUCAAGGGCAAAGAAGUCCUGGAUGUGGGCUGCAACUCAGGCAACGUCUCCAUCUCCUGCGCCCUGGACUUCCGUGCCAGCCUGGUGGUGGCCAUGGAUUUGGACGCUGGCCUUAUCGAGGCUGCCUGUGAGAACUUCAACACCAGGGAGCACCCACGCAAGGCCAAGUGCUCCGUGGAGUUCCGCAACGAGGACAUUCUUAGCUGCCCCCUGCGGCGGCCCCCUGACGACCUGCCGGAGCGCUUUGAUGUGGUAAUUUGCUUCUCCGUCACCAAGUGGAUUCACUUUGCGCACGGCGACACUGGUCUGCACAACCUGUUCAAGCGGUGCUUCAAGAGGACCAGGCCAGGAGGCUUCUUCGUCCUGGAGCCGCAGGAGUGGAGCAGCUACAAGAAGAAGCGGCACCUUACCCGACAGAUCCGCGAGAUGGUUGCCAGUAUCCAGAUUCGUCCGGAGGACUUUGAUGAUUACUUGGAGACCCUGGGGUUUGAGAAAGUCGACACCAUCGAGCCUCCAGGGGAUUUGCCCAAGAACUUCCAGCGCAGCCUCCGGAUCUUCCGGCGCCCGGACGAGGAGAAACCUGAGGCCAAGCCUCGUAAGCGCAAGGGGCCGGCCUGA